AGGGUUUUGCGUGGUAGUUCCAGGAGUUGGGAGGAGCUUCUCUUGCAGGUUGCGCUCGCCGAUGCACCAGGCAUGAAGCCUGGCAAAGGUGGCGGCAAAGGAAAGCGGAAGGGGAAGGGCGGAAAGGGCGGGGAACGCCAGCAAGUGCGGCGGGAGCUCGCCUCCGUGGUGGGCGAGGUCCUCCGCGGCGGCGGCGUGGCGGAGGGCCCGGGCGCCGGCAAGGGCGCCGGCAAGGGCAAGCGGAAGGGCGGCGGCGCGGGCCCCUGGGCGCCCUCGCGGCGAGCCCAGCGGAAGAGCAAGCGCCAGGAGCGCAAGGAACGCCGUAGCCACUACUACGCGGGCGGUCGCAGGAAGGCCGUCGAGGGGCCAGAACCCGCCGAGAAGGCCAGGAGGCCCGCCGAGGGGGGCGCCGCCAAGCCCGGGGCUGCCAAGCAGAAGAGGCGCCGCGCCGUCGAGGAGGACGACGACGACGAGAUCGCCUCCUCCGAGGCGGAGGGCCCCGGAAGCGGCGGCCGCAGGGGCAAGGCGCGGAAGGGCAAGAACGGCGAGGCCGAGGAUGACGAAGACCCCGACUCGGAGCUCGGCGCCAGUGGCGAGGAGGGCGAGGAUGCAGAAGAAGAAGCAGAAGAGGAAGAAGUAGAUGACGAUGCCGAAGAACUGGCCGGAAACUCCGAGGAGGAGGAGGAGGGGGAGGGCCGGCUGGCACGGCGCGCAGCCGCCGGGGACAGCGCCGGCGGAGGCGUGUACGCGCCUCCGCACCUCCGCGGCGCGGUCGGCGCCCGAGGCGCCGCGGCCAGCAAGGCGGCGGCCGCGGCGGCGGAGCAGCUUCGCAGGCGGCAGCUGCGCGGCCUCAUGAACCGCGUCUCCGAGGGCAACUUGGACCCCAGUGCCCAAGAGCUCGCGAAGGUGUUGGGGGAGAUGCUGCCGGAGGUGGGUUCCACAUCCGCGGCAGAUGCCUUCCUCGCCGUGCUGCUGCCUGCGGCGGUGGGCGACCCUGGCGGGUCCGUUCUGGUCCUUGGCUGCCACGCCGCCCUGGCCGUGACCGCCCACCUGCUUUUCGGCGCCGCCUUCGGCGCCGCCGCGCUCCUGCAGGCGAGGGCACCG